AUGUAAACGUCACAUAAAACUUUUGUUGUGACUUAUUUUACCGUGAUUUUUGGAAAAACAAUUCUAAUAAUUGUGGGUAUUUGUGUUAAUUACGGGGUUUGACAACGCCUUUGCAUAUAUUUCUUCGUGCCACGUGUCUAAUGCGUUCGAAAGAUGAAUUGGUUCGAUACGUCGGGGCUGACGAGCCUAGCCAAGUCAGCGUUGAAGGAGGCCCAGAAAACGAUUGAUAAAGCAUUGGAUAUUCAAGACGAUGACAACGAGGGACAGGAUGACGAGGCUAACGUUGCAUCGAGCUCAAAAUCGUCUCCCGGAAGUGGUAAUGUAUCCCAGCAAGACAACUCUGAUUUCUUUUCCUCUUGGGGUUUAACCGUUAGUGCUGAGAGCGCAAACGCUGCACCCAUAGCCGAGCAGCCCGUGGUCACUGAGAGCCCUUCCAAAUCCAACUCGCAAAGCAUUUGGGGGUCAUUCGCUGGCUCCUUCUUUGAACAACCAAAAACAGAUACGAUAAUUCGGCCGCCGAAAGCGAAGUCUAUGAACGUUAUUUCUGAUAAGUACGACAGUCAGGAUGAUUUGUUUUCAAAAAGUCAACUUGUCAUGUCCGACGGUGCUGACUGUCUUACUUUAAAGAAGGAGGAUGUUCCCAAAAAAGAUGAUAGACGCAACUCAUCGAUGUCAAAUGUGUUAUCAUUUGUGUCAAGUAGAAAUAGCUCUGAUUCAGUUGAAGUACUGUCUCAAAGCUUGAAGUCUACGCCAGAUUCAGAGGCAGCAUCUUGUCAAUCUAUGUCGCAUAGUAGUAGUGCAGGUUUAAAACUUAAUUCAGAAUCUGUAGAAAUUUUACCUGACAGUCUAGUAAGUCCAAGCUCGAUUGAAUGCUUAGGUUUUGAUAGCUAUACAAGCGAUAAAAACAGUAGUUCUUCCUCUAACUUAUCAGCUAGCAAUUUAUCUGAUAAGAAAUCCACCCCGAUCGGUGAGAGAACUGAAAAAGCUGAAACCGCAGACAGUGUGAGCUUAGUGGCUGAUGAUGAUGAAGAUACAAUGUCUUACAACUCCAUUUCUGAAUGCACCGCACCUACUGUUUUGGAUACUGAUGAUAAACCUCUGAGUCCAUUCCCUAAAAUUGCUAGAAUUGAAGCUAGGAGACCUAAUGACAAAGAUUUAAGCUUAGAUCAAUCGUUGCUUGUUUCACAUAAGAUGCAAAUAAGUGAGAACUCUUCUAACGAUGGUUCAUGGUCGGAUAGAACAUUAAACGCAGACAACGAAAGUAUUACACAAGAAAACCCAGCAGAAGAACUGAAACUAAAAAGCACAGAACAAGAAGAUGUAUUAAUGGAGAAACUCAGUGAUUCUUCAUCGUUCUAUAAUAUAAAUGUUUCAGCAGAUCUGAUGAGGUCAGAAAGUUCAGCUUUUGUUAAUGUGGAGAAACAGCAAUGUAGCGCCCCAGAGAGCAGUGAGUCUUCCCAGAAGGAAACGAGCGUAAAGGAGCGAAUUUCCCCAGUUAGUUCAGAAAGUAAGAGUGAUUUAGUCAAAAUAGGCUCGGAUAGGACAUCGGGUCACACAUCAGGGGAUGAAUUAGAGACAGCUACAUCAUCAGAUAUAGAAAUCAUUCCUAGUCCAAAUGGAGACAGUAGUAAUGGAUGCAGAAAUAGUCCAGGGAAAUAUGGAUUAAAACAAAAAGUAGACGGUGCUACCUCUCCUAAUUUAGUAGACUUAGUUCUUGGUAAAAGUUUAGCGAGUAAAAUUCGUGGCCAUAACAGAGAAUUGUCUGAAGCUUCAGUGCAGAGUAACACGAGCGACGAAAGCCAGGGUUCUGAGAAUGAUAGAUUAAUGCGUAGGUUAUGUGAAAUGGCUGAGAUAUUAGAUGCUAGAGAGAAUAGACUGAUGGAAGUUAGUAGGAAUAAUGCAGAGUUGGCUGAAUCUAACACUCAUCUGAAGAAUCAGGUCGAGUCCUUGAUGGCUAAGCAUGAGGGAGGGGAUAUCAACACCAUUACAGAGGAUUAUACUCAGCGAAUGUCUGCAUUGGAGAAGAAAUUCCAACAAGUUAUUAGAGAAAAGGAUCAGUUAAGGAAGCAAUUAGACAGUCUCAAAACAGAAGUAUCCCGUAAGAACUCCUCAGAAUUUGAGAGCACCUUAAAAGAGAAGGAGGAAAUAAUAGCCCAGUUGCAUGAGGAGGGGGAGAAGCUGGCGCGACAAGAGUUGCAGCAUUCCAACAUUAUCAAGAAGCUGAGGGCCAAAGAGAAGGACAACGAGCAAGUCAUCAAGGGACUGAGAGACAAAGUGGCAGAGUUAACGUCUGAGCUGGACCGCGCCAAGCGAUCAAUGGCUGCCAAGGAAGAGGUGGAAGUUAACCAGAUCGAGGCUGUAUAUCGCCUCACCACCGCUAACAAGAAACUGGAGACUGAGCUCAUAGAGACCAAGAGCGCCCUAGAUGACACAACACAGAAGCUAGAAGGCGCGCGCACAUCGCUAGAAGCGGUGAAGCGCGAACUGAGCGAGCUGCAGCGAAGCACUGCGGAGCUACAGAAGCACAGGUCCGCGCACGCGCAGAUGCAAGCCAGCUGCGAGCGCGCCGAGAGAGAAGCGGAGAUGUUGCGACACGAGCUCAGGCAGCUGAGGACCGAGCGAGCCAAGGAGGAGCAGCGCUGGCUAGCCCGCGAAGAGGCGCUGCGACGAGAAGUGGUGGAGGCGCGCGAGGCGGGCGAGGCGCGGGCGGCGGGCGAGGCCGAAGCCCCCGCGGCCUUGCUGCAGCAACUGGCGGCCUUGCAGCGCGGCGCCUUGGACCGCGAGAGAGCGCAUAGCGCUGUCGCUGCGGGCCUGGCCGCACAACUGGCGCAAGCAGAAACGCAAGCAACCAAAGCACAAGAGCGCGAGCGACUGGCGCGAGAUGAGGCGGCAACCCUGGCGGAGCAACUCGCGGCCGCACACCGCGACUUGUUAGAAGCCAACCACACCGUGCGGCAACUGAGCGAGCGAUGCCAAACUGCUGAACAGUCGAAGACGCGAUGCCAGGAACUACUCGACAGUAAAACUCAAGAGUUGGAACGUUUGAGACAAGAAUGGGAGACAGAGAUAGCGGCGCUCAGGACGAGAGUGAGCGAGAUGGAAACACAACUAGCAGACACUCAGAAUGUUUUGGACACAGAAAGGAAACGAAACGCUAUACUACAAGAGCAAGUAUCGACGCGGGGAGACGUUUCUCCGUCUCAGUCUAUCGCCUCCGACUCUUUCUCCACUUCGUUUUGGCAAACGGAGGAGGGUGCCAGUAUGGUGGGGGUGGGUGCAGUGUCCGGGGCCGGCGGGUUAUCGGCCGCGGGGGUGGAGGAGGCACUAGCCGCCCUCACGCGGAAAGAGGGCGAGAGGAGAGGACUGGCGGCCGCGCUUGCUGCUAUGAGGGAGGAACGAGCCGCUAUGACCGACCAACUCGCGAACUUGCAGGGGAAACUGCAAGACUACCAAAACUUGCAAGAGCAAUACGACGCGUUGCUCCAGAUGUAUGGCGAGAAGGAGGAACAGCUCAACGAGCUACGACUGGACCUGCAUGACGUCACCCAGCUCUACAAGGCUCAGCUGGACGAGCUGGUGGCGCUCAAGCAGCCCGCGCCGCGAUAGCACACCGCGCGACAAGUGGCCACGGCGCCACACCGACACACCGACACUGGCCACCAACAUACCGACACUGGCCACCAACACACCAACACUGGUCACCAACACAACAACACUGGUCACCAACACACCAGUGACACAAGUCAACACACUCCCAGUGAAAGACGAUUGUCACAGAAGGCUGUGUGCUGUAAAAGUUUACUGAACUUUUAGUGUUGCGAUUUCAAAGUGUUCGCUUACCUCAUUGCUGAGGGUCGUGACCGCUUUCCAUGACAGUGUUAUAACGUAAUAGUUUUGGGAUAAAAAUGCGUUGAGUACUCAUACGACUCCACAACGGAAUUCAUAGAAGCGACAACGCUACGGUAGAGCUUAAAAUAGUGCAGUUUCCACAGAGGAAGGAAAACAACGAUAUCUAUGCGUGUCAUCCUUUCCCUCUAACCGCACCUUGCUCCGAGGGAGGCCGGGCUAGUGAGUUUUGACAACGUCUUAUAAUUCGAUAGAGCCGGCUGCACGCACGAAAAAACAUGACUCAUGCGGCGUUACCUCGCUCUGAGGCGUUCCAUGUAAGGCUUGAAGUGCAAGCGAGAGCGCGGAACGAGCGACAAAGAAGCACAAUCGGCCUUUGUUGUCACGUUCAACUAUCGUCAGUAAACCGACUUUACAGACAACCAAUUUUUUUAAUCAAAAAUGGUAAAGGGGAAAUUCAAAACGACAUUUGGAUUUACGCCUAUUUUUCCCAAAAGAAAACAUUUUGUUACACAAACUAAAAACAUUUGAAAUUAUUAUAAAGUAAGAUGUAACAUGACGUCGUUAAUUUUUCAAUUUUCCAGUUUCUUAUGUAGUUUAUUUACGCACGAAGUUAUCUCAAAAUUUGCCCUAAAUAGAAGAAAAAAAGAAAGAAUAUAAUUUUCAUAGAUCUUAAUUAAUCCUACUGUAGUUCCUUGUGCCGUGAUUUCAGUAGAAAUUAAUUAUUACAAACAUUUCAAUAAUAUUAACAUAAAUUGAUAUUAUAAUUAUAAGUACUUACUUACCAAAUAUAGUGGCUAAUUCUGUUGUACACAGUCUCUAAACUAAACUAAGUUGAUAGGUCUAUAUCUAGUGUUAUCUCUUUCAUAACGCCCUCUGCGAAAAAGGAUAGCACUAGAUUUAGAUCUGAUAAUUUAAUUUUGUUUAGAGAUUGUGGACAGUUAAAUUAGCCACAUUAUUUAUUUUCAAUCAAUAUUUUAAAUGAAUUUUGGUUGAUUUGAAUGAAUUAUUAUAUUGAAAUUGAUCAAUAUAAAUUGAAUAAUUAGAAGAAUAAUAAGAAAUUGAAUAAUAUUCACAUAGAAUUUUUUUAGAAAAUUAAAUAAUAAUAAUUAUAUGCCAUUAAUAUAAAUAUUGACUUAUGAUCUUUAUUCUUUUUAUUUUUAAGUUAUUAUAUUCCUUAGUUAAAUUUCACAAAAUCCUUUUUAGUAUUAUAACAAUGGUGUUUAAACGAUGUACAUAUACUCUGUGCACACAAGAAACUAAAUUGAUAGGUUUAAAUCUUUUACUUCCCUUUUCCGUACCUAUCAUUAUGAAAGGGUAUUAGUAAAUUGAGGUCUGUAUAUAAGAUUUUUCAAAGAUUGUAUACAACAGAAUUAGCCCCUGUUAAAAUCUGUUGCUGUCACCCUUUUACAAUGUGAGAGAAAAUAUGAAAACAAAAAACUUUAAGUAAUACACUUUUAACGUUAUAUACGUAAAAAGAUUUUGUGGAAGCUCGUGUCAAUUGUAAAUAGCUUAUAUUGUGAUAUAUACGUAUAUUAGUAUCUAAGGCGCUGUUUAUACUGAGGCGAGGGUGAAAAAAAAAAAGUUUAUUGUUGCGUCAGCAAGAGGGUGAGGUAGGCGCGUAGCUCA